CAGGAGAACCGGAGUAAGUACAGGAUUGUAUUCUGGUUAUAUCCAGAGCAGUAAACAUUCAGAGAACUACGCAAACGGAGAGGAAUCUGCAGAAGCAAGAAAUACUGAAACUGCGGACAGAAUAAUUACUAUGCAAUGGAAUAAAAAGAGAAACAGAAAGGGUUGUUCUUCAGUGCCUUCCAGACUUUUAAGAGUGGUGUAUUUAUAUUAAUCUAGCCAUUCCAGCGCUCACAUCAUCGUUAUGCAUCAACCAACAGCUCCAAUAAUUCCAAUUUUGAAUAAAUGGUUCCUCUUUGUGCAUACACCAUCAGACCCACAAAACCCAAGUAGAAGAUAUCUACAAUGCCCAGCAACAGGGCAUCUUUAUUGUACGUCAACAGGAAGCUUAUACCAGAAGACGAUUAUUUCACUGUCUGCCAACAGUUCUCCUUUAUUAAGUAUCAAUUCUGGUUUACUUCCCUGUAAUUCUUCUGCGUACAGUCAGAGUAAUUCUGAACCAACUGCAAAAAAAGAAAAGAAGAAACGUAGCAGAAAAACAAAAAAUAAAUCAGUUCCUGUACUGGACAAUUCUUCUGCAACUCCUAAAAAGAAGGCGUCUGUUUCAAGCAAAAAGAAAAAAUCUACCGUGACCCCUCAGCCCAAGUCUACCCCAUCAUUUGUCUUCAUUCGUAAUUCUUUUUCAAGCCUUAAGAAGCCAGCCUCAAUAACCCAGACUGCAAAUCAAUGUAAAGCAGUCAUUCGUCCUGAUAACAAUCUCUCUGAAAAAAACACAAAAAAGUCACACAUUUACUAUACAGUCUAUCUGCAUCACAUGGUCAAGUUCAUACAACCUAUAAGAAUUAAUUUUGAAGACCUUUUAUUUCCUCAGAAUGUGUUUCUUAAACAUGAGCUAACAAAGUUUUCCAGAAAGCGUGCAGAAGAAAAUACCCAAAUUGUUAAGGUUUGUUCUUUGUCUGUUCAAAAGUAUCAAGGUUCCCCAAAACGUACAAGAAGAAGGAAGCAACCAUCUCUAUGUAUCAGCAAUGAAGAAUACCUUCUGCUUUGUUCAGGAAACAUUUUCAAGGAGAAAACUGAGAAAAAAAAGAAGCUUGGGCCACUUUUUCAGGUUUUCAAAUUCAAAACAGCAGACGACAUCCUCACCAUGAUAGGCAAUGAUCUUUAUUGAUCAUCAAGUAUAACAAUUACAUAAUAGUUUCCUCUUUACCUAAGAUUAUUCACAGUCGGUUUGCUAGGAAUACAGAUGUGCAUAUGCCUGUAUCACAGGCAAGAGCUACGCUGAGCUCAGGAGACAGAAAACUGAGGGCAAGGAAUGAAUGGAUCCAGCUCAUAAAGGAGGAAGCCAUUAAUAAGUACAUACAUUUCGAAAAACACAAAUAGAGGCUAGACGUAAAACAAUAUGAUGUGCUCCACCACCCAGAGAAGUUGAGUUAUUGCCAAUGGGUGAUAGACUGGAAGGAUACAGAGAACUGGCUCCUGCUAGUGAAGUGCUUACACGAGUAUCCUGACAGUACCCUGCUUGUAGUGGAAUGGGACAUAUUACGCCUUUUGAAUGGACCAUGCCUACGACACUCAAAUUCAGUGUCAUAUGGCUGUUACUGACACUCCAUAUGCAGAGCUAAUUACACAUAAGGAGACUUAUUUUAUUCCUGUAUAUUUUGACUGUAAUUUUUGGAAACAGACAAAGGUGACACUGGAAACAUUCUUCACUAGUAACAUUAAACUUACUUGGAAAAGAUUGAGUCAAACCCAAAUAAUGUUACAUUAGA